UUUGGACUGACAAGUGGUUGAAUUAACAUCUAGCUAGUCAGCAAUAGUUACAACUUUGAUACCUGACCUGAAUUCAGUGUAAUUAGAGAUGUCAGGAAAAUUAAGUGAAAGUGAUGAAUUUGAUUUGUCUACUAUGCAUGAAAAGAGCAUUUUCGAUUCAUUAUCAGAGAAUGUUUUGGGUGGAAAGCACACCCCAGCUCCAGAAAGUCAUGAUGAAGCUAAUAGACAGAUUUUAGGCCAAAAUGUAGACACUGGUUUGAUUGUUGACUCAACUCUCGAAAGUAAUGACCAGGGGUUACCUCAAGGAGAUCAAAAUUCAGGUUCGAGGCAGAGUAUCUUUACUUUGUCUUAUGCAGUUGGAAGUGAAAUUAAUAUUAAAACCAGUGAAGGAGAGAGAUCUUUAGUUGAUGAUCCACUGGGUAGCAGUUAUGUCUCCUGUACAUCAUUUGAUAUGGAUGAACCUGAUGGAAUUCUAUCUGAUAUAAGCUCAGUGAUGUCACGACACCGCUCAGAAUCUCUAGCUUCCUUGGAAUACUAUCGCACAGAUAAUGCAUUACAAGUAACUGCGAGAGAGGGAUUGCAGUCGCAACAUAUCCCAGUUACUGGUCGGAGCGUCCGGCAAUCAAGGCGCCUGCCCUUCUGGUUAUGGUUUGCAAUUGCCAAGUGUUUGGGCAUCAAACUCAAUGUUAAUGAUCGGCUUAUUGUUGCUACUGUGUUGUACACUCUCACAUUUUUAACUGCAAUAGGAUAUGUUCUGUGCAAUUCGUGGUUUACGUGUUAUGAUAUUGCAAGUGAUUAUACUAAGACAACUAUUGUCGAUGGGACAGUUGGCAUCUUCUUUUCAAUCCUCUUUGUGUCUCUGGGCUUAUAUGCAAAUAAGCUUGCAUACAGACUCUUCAGUCACAAGAAGUUCCUCAACAUGUUGCGACUUCAUUCUAAGACCAUUUUAAAGAUGAAUGCUUCUGCUGUAGUGUUCUUUUUAAUGUCCUUGUUUGCAGUAGUAAACAAUGUUAGUGCAUUCUCAAAUUUCAAGGAUAAAACAUGUGAAACAGUUUCAGUUGAGGUUAUAGUGUGCAAAUUAAGGUACAUUAUGCGGGUAGUAUAUUCGGUUUUUGCUGUCAUGUGGAAUUCCUUAGUAUCCUGUGUUGUUAUCUCAGUGUGCAGAACGCAUGUUAUUGGAAUUAGGAAAUUCAUGGAAGCUUUAGAGCAAGAUGCGAGAAUAUAUGAAGCCAAAUACAUGGGAUUAACGCAUCAAGCCAGCCUGCAAACACCAGUAUUAGAAGAGUAUACAUGGCUGGAUGAAGAUUACUUUGAAGAGUUACAGGAAACGGGAGUUCAUGAUCUAGAUUCUAAUGCCUCAGUUCUUAUUACUCCACAGGGUAACAGGAGGGAUAGGAGUCAAGGCUCUGCCACACAGUCAACUGGGAUGGGAUUGGAACAUGGCCAGAGUGCUCCCAGCUCCUCUGGUAGUGCUUCAUCUUCAGACUUGAGGGAGUCCAAGGAUGAAACAUCAACAGCUACAGCUGCAAGUUCCAGAAGUUCCCAUCUGAGAGUUGAUGAGGAAGGUUCAGUGUUUGCUGGAACUCCAGGCGGUCAAGAUGAGAGUGUUAGACUUGUUCCACUCAUGAGUAAUUCUGAAAUUCUCUUCAGAUAUUGGAAAAUGCAGUGUCGUUUAAGGAUGUCAUCACUGGCUCUACAAAGAUGGGUGGUAUCUGUGGUAUCACUGGUGAUCAUAUGGUUAACCAUGAAUCUGGUUAUGUGGUUGACAUACGAUCCAUCACUGCUUGACUUAGCCAAUUUCUUCCUACCUCUGGCGUUGCUCCCACUUUUGUCAUCUGCUUAUGCAGAGGUUAAUCUAGAGGGUGCCAGGUUACUUAAGUUCAUUUGCUUGAUUGAGGAACGAUUACAGCUGAUAUACGUGCUGCAGAAUUCUCCCCUUCAGAUGACCGUGUUUGGCUUCACUCUUUCUUACUCAACCAUCACAACAGCAGCAUUUGGAAUCCUGCUGGCCUUUGCCUCCAAAGUUCUUAUCCAAGAAAUAUCGGUUCCUCCUAAGUCGUGAAAGGUACAUUUACCCUGGAAUUUGAACCUUGGUCAGUAUGUGAAAAUUAGUGCAGUAUGUAGUUCUGAGUAGUCUUAACAGAAUGCCAUGUGUUACUUUUUUAAUAUAUCAUUUUAGCUAGUAGUGAUUUGCAAGAGGUUUUUACACAGGUACUGUAGUGUUUCUUAUGAUCUUUACUGUAGGUUGAAUUCAUGAACCAAAUUGAUAUGUAUACUAAUACCUACACUUAUUUUUAAAUGAUUAUAUAUUUCCCUCACUUAUUUUUACAUUAUUUAACACUGCACUUGAUAUCAUAUGAAUUAUGAAUUUUUAGAAUAACUUAACAUUUUUAACUUUCUCUUAAAAAGCAUUUGCAAUUAAAUGAAAAUAAUUUUCUUAUAAAUAUAUAAUUCACACUAACAGUCAUUAAAAUAGUCAUUUCCUGAUAUGACUUCAUAAUUAUAUUUUUGAAAAAUUCAGAGCUUCUUAUGAAAUUAAUUUGAAAUGUAUUACCAUCAUUUGUUUUUAUUAAGUUUGAGGCAAAUUCUUGAAAAUUUUUAUCAAGAUUUGCCAGAUACUCAGAUUUUCUGUUGAUUACAGUAGUAAUAUGUACUGCUUAACAGAAUUAAAGUUUAUUCUAAACUUUGAAAAUUGUGUAGAUUUGCCAGAUUUUUUUUUUUGUGCUUAGUUUUUAGCUUAGCUCUCAAAGCAUGCCAUUGUAUUUAGUGUAACUGCAUUUUCUUUUUAAUUACCUUGUAGUCCGAAUUGAGCACUGUAUUUGAGAGAUAGAAAGCAUUUAUUUGUAAAUCACCUUUUGAAUCUCAGAUCUGAAGCAACAUAACUUGUGUAAUCUGUUUCAUUGCACUGGAAGGGCUUAGCUGUAGGAAAUAUUACUACAUAGGCAUAGUUUAUAUCUCAGGAUACCAAAAAUAAAUGUGAUGAUCUGGUUGAAUAUUUUUUUUAAAGUCUUAGUAACUUCUGGUAGAUGUAAUUGUGUGUAACUCCUAAGAAUUGUAUGGUCUCUGCCUAUUUUUGUGAUACUUAUGCCAAAGGAAUGAUUCUCAUACUUAAUAAUAGGACCUUUCAGUAAAUAUUUACACCCAAGGAAAAGCUUGUGAUAUUUGAAGUGAAUUUUUUUUCUCAAAAAAUAUACAUUAUCCAUUUGUAUUGACUUAACGAUGAAGGACCUUUCUUUGGAGAAUCUUUGCUAGUGUCAGGAGCACAUGGAGAUUUGUGAGGUAUCUUGUGUUGACACAGAUGCCUUUUGAAAAACCAUUUUGACAAAGUUUAGGUGACCACAUGGGUGAAUUGUAUACAUUCCGUAAUUUUAUAUUUUAAGUUCCAAGGAACCUUGCUCACUUGUUAAAUUUCUGUAAUGUCCAUAAUGCUGGUUCUUCUUUUGUCUGUGUUUUCCACCUUCUUCUUCCUCUGUUGGUGGUUCAACUAGGUCUUGCAAGUCUUCAUUUGUUAGCAGGGCAAUCUGAGGGUACUGGCAACUUGGUCAGUUGCUUGGGGCACUACAUGUUAGGGGUCACAAUAUCAUGUGUUUGGAAUUUUCCGAAUACAAAGGGAUUUCUUGGGGAUAAGUUAAGGUACCAAGAAAAUAGUGAUAUUAAUGGAUGUGAUCUCUUGAUUAAACUAUAUAUUUUGAAAGAAAUAGUGAUUAAACUAUAUUUUGAAAGACAUAUUUCUUGGAGAUAUAAAUCUUCAAAUAGAGGGCUUUAGGUUUGCUUUAGUAAACUAACCAAAAAGAUGCAGUUAACAGUUAUCCAUGAAACAAGGCAGAUUAAUGGUUUUGCAGUUUCAUCAGUAACAAAGGAUCUGGUAAAAAUAAUACCAAAACAUUUGUAGAUCUUAAGUCAAGAAAAAUGUUUUUUUUUACUUUUUUUGUGUAACACAAAUUGUGUACAGUAAUUUGCUAGUACUGUAUUUGUUAACUAGCACACUGAGUUUCAUUACAGAUUAGUUUUUUAAUCAAAUAUAAAUGUAAAUUUUACAACUUGGUAAGGAUUGACCAGAUGAUAAGAAAAACAAUGUAUUAUAGUUCAAAAUUCUAAACCUUAGCUUAAUCUAACCUUUUUGGGCUUUUAAUUGUGUAUGUUAAAAUAUGUAGAUCUUAUAUCAAUGAAAGAACUUUAAAUCUUGUUUCUUAUGUGAAAUGUUUUAUUUAGCUUUUAUAGUUUAAUAAAUUUAUUAUUCCUACAUAA